AUGUCCCCCACCGACUCCCUCACCACCAUACCCCACCAGCAACCCGACCUCCUCCCCAAACCCCAGGACAUACUAGUCCCAUACCUAAUCCUCGACAUCGAAGAUUACCUUGCCGAAGCCACGGAGGAACCCCUUCGCGGCACCUAUUUACCCACGGCUAACAAAGCGCGUCUUCGCCACUUCCAGUCCGACCACGACAACAACAACAACAACAACAACAACAAGAACACCAUCCCCUUCCUAAAAUCCCUCUUCUCCUACAAAUUCUGCAGCACCUGGCAACAAUGGGCCACGAACCCUUACAACCUGCACCCGGCCUGGCACCUCUUCAUCAUGUUUCUGCUGCUGGGCUGGAUAGUGGGCAGUUCGGUCUGUGGGUAUUAUGAGGUUGGGCCUGAGUUGGGGAGUGUGAGGGUUGCGAGGUUUUGUAGGGGCUUGUUGGGGAGUGUGCCACCGAUGAUACAGUUGCUUUUGUUUUUGUAUCCGCCGCUUUUUGUGCAGUUUUGA